AUGCAUCGUUUUCUAAAAAGGUCCGAAACGAGGAAGCAGUUGGAAGACGAGAAUUCCUUUCCAAAGCCGACUACUAACAAUACACUUCCCUCACUUCCAAGUCCCACCCGAACCUCUCUCAUCAUGCCAACCUUAACUAAACGAUUUAGCGUAUUACGUAGGGGUGAGACUACCCUUGACACUAACGAUAAGGAAAGUGACUCAACUGAUAUACAAGUUUCUGAUACUACAAAAACUUAUAAUAUAAAUAGUUCUCAACUGCAGAAAAAACCUG